UUAAAUUGAUAACACAUUUUUUAUUUUACCUCAUAAAACUUCCGAGUUGAUUUAAUAAAAUUUAAAAAAUAAUAAAAUUGAAAAUAAUUAACAUAAAUAUUUUGUGUAACAAUUUGUGCAAUCAAAAACUUACUUAUCUCCAAACUGAAAUUGACCGAAAGAAAAUUUAGGAAGCUCAAAAAAUUUCAUUUGGCAUACAUAACAAUUAAUAUUGAAAGCUUAAAAAAAAACCCACAGCAUAACCAAAAAUAGGCAUUAAAAUUUCGCUAACCGAAUACAGGUGAAAUGAAAAAAAACAAAAAUUAAGAUAUAUAGUACAUAAUCUUAAUCAUAAUUUAAGAAAAUUUUGAUCUUGUAUUGUAUAUUAGAUAUACGUACGAAAGUAUUAAUUAUAAAUAAUAAAAAUUCAAAAAAAAAAUUGUACAAACUGGAUUUUGAACAGCAUAACGACGAACAAAAUUGUUUUAAAUUUGGAACCGGUGUAUCAAAUAUAGAUUCUGAACUGACAAUUCCAGAAUCCGCAAAAUUUUACAUCGAUUCUAGUAAUUCAAGUGCAAGUUUUAAAGAUACUGAAGAAAUGGAUAUUGAUGCAUCCGUACCACCUCCAAGAGAGUAUUCUGAUUAUCCAAAUGAUUCACAACAUUCAUCCGAUUUGGAUUAUUUAAUGGGUUUGAGAAGAGAAACUUCACCGAGCUCUGGGACUGUCGCCCAAAUCGAUGAAAGGAAUGUUAUUGACAGACCAUUUGAUCUAAAUGAAAGGUUUGUUUCAAUUAUUGACCAAUUGGAUACUCGGGUCGAAAAACUUCGGAAGGAUGCCCUUGGAUUACAAGAAAAACGUGAUUUUCUAUUGAUGUCCGUUGACUUGAUUAAAAAUCAUGAACAUUUAAAUAAUAUGCAGGAAUCUGAUCGGGAGGAAAUUAUAUGCUAUAUUCAUCGAGUUAAUUCUCGUUUAGGAACAGUUGAAUUGAAUGUUAAAACUGUAAGGGAUCAAAGUCAAGAGGAUUCAUUAUCUCAAAUAAAUACACUUAUUGAUUCGUUGAUAACUGUUGGUGACCCAGUAUUAGCCAGACAAAAAUGCCAAACGUAUAUAAAUGCAUGUAGUACAAAUGAUCAUUUCAAUAGUGGAGAUGGUUGUGGUAGUGGCUUCGGGGCAUCAACAUCAAGUGAGGAUUUAAUAUUAGAAUGUGAUAAGAAGUUUGAAAGUGCUUUACUUGGAUGUACAUUGGAUGAUCAAAAAACAAUUAAAAAACGCUUAAAUGCACUUAUGAACUAUCUCAACAAACAAACUAUUCAUAACGGCUAAUAAUGCAAGAAACAAAAAUAAACGAACCAAAAUUUUAAUUAAAAACUGAUUUUUUUUUAUUUUCAAUCUACUUGUAUUUUUUUUUUAGUUUUGUUUCUUUCAUUUUCUUUAUAAUACUAGAUUAUUUUUUUAGAUUAAUUCCUAUCUAAAUGUAAUGUUUGUUGGAAAAGUGUUUUUUUUUCCUAUUAAAAUAUUUGUUACCUAAUUUUUAAUUUUUACAUUAAAUUUGUUUUUGCUAAAAAAAAACUUUGUAUUAUUAAGCAAAAGCAAAAAAAAAAUUAAAAUGAAUAAUGAAAUCCAAUUAAAUUAACAACUUUAAAAGUAUUAAAAUAAAUUCUUAAAAGAAAUUUCCAAUAUUCUUUUAUAAAAAAAUGAAGUUAAAAGUUUACAAUUUAUACGAUGGCCUCUAUAUUAUGAAAUAUUGAAUUUAUUCAAUAAAAAUAAUUUAAAUCUUAAAAUUAUUAAAAAUAUUAUAUAGUUUUUUUAAAAAAUUUAUUAAUGAAAGUAAUUUAAAUUUAAAAAAUUAUUAACAAUUUUAUUAAAAUAUUACUAAAAGUAAGUCUUGCGGGAAAAAUAUUCAAGUAAAUUUUAUUGGAAUAUUUUUAGCUUGUUAAUUUGUUAGGAAUAAAGAUUGUCUUCGAGUUUUUGAAUGUUUCGAUUUCGUUUUACUGGUGUCAUCAAACAAAAGUUUUAUUUCCCAAAAACGCAUAAUAUUUAUUUGAAAGCUAAGUUUUCUUAAAAAAAAUAAAUUUACGAACGUGAACGAAAUAUAAAUACACAUUAGUACGAAAAGAUAAUAUUUUUUUUCUGAUAACGAAACAAUUAGAAAAUUAUUUGAAAAUCAAAAAGCAUUCUGUUUGAAAAUAAUAUUUUGUCAACAUGAAAUAAAAUAUUUUUUUAUUUGAAUUUGUUCAAGCUUUAAUAGCUUUACAAUUAUGCCAUUUAACUUACAAUCAUCAAAUACUUGAAAAAUUUUAAUUUUUUACAAAAAUAAAAAAAGAAACAAACAAAUUGAUAUAAGCUUUAUAAAAAAACCGAACUUAAGCAAAAGGAGAAUAUUGAUUUUUAAAAGAUAAGAAUAAAAUAACCAGGUAUUUCAAUGCUAACUCUAAAGAAUUUAUUUAAGUACUUGAAAUAAAUUUUAUUAUAAAAUUUGAUGUAAGUUAAUCUAAUAAAUUAUUAAAAAAUUUAUGUAUGUAUUUGAUAUUUAAAUGAAAUUAAAUCUUUUUUUACCUAA